CGAAAUGGUUUCCCUUCGAUAUUCCAGAAUUCAUGUCUGUCAUGAUGAGAGGUAAAGUCCUGUCUUUUGUGACGACCAUUGAGAUUGGGGAAACAAUUAGGAUAGCAUUUGCUGAUAAUAUCUCCAUGGACGGUUUAGAUCUGGACUACUCUAGCAGCUUUUUAACGACCAUGUUGGUCAGGUAUACUAAACGCGAUGAAGAGCAAGGAAUGGUUGCCUAUAACGUGUGUGUCAUUAAGAAUGUGGUCUCAGAAGAGAAAACACGUUUUUCUUACAAAUUCCAAACAAAUGACAGAAUGGAGCUCAUCAUCGAUAAUACGGACAUCAUUUGCUCGCUAAGGAUAAUAGAUGGUAAUCUUGGCAACAUAAAGCAAGUGGCAGUGUCAACUCCAGUGCAUUCAUUUUCUUACGGUUAACAUAACAUUGUCUGAUUAAUACAUGUGAAUAAUAUACCUCGACGAAACGUUCUUUUUUCUCGGGAUGAUAUUUUAACUGUUCCCCAAUAACAUGUGUGUUUUUCUUUUUAUUCUAAUACCACUAUGAAUUGAAAAUUUAAAAUAACUGUAACAAAACUGAACAACAUUUACUUUACAUUUUUCUAAACGAUACACUGUCGAAAAGUUACUUUCCUUUUACUUUUUAUUCACAUGCUGUUGUCUAAAAAUCAUAAAGCAUUUGAGAUAUCAGCCUGUUGGGUGCUUCUUGUCGGUGGUCCUGUGUUACUAGGUCGUAUGGGGGUUGCGUUCAUUGCAAGAGUGCCAGGUCA